AUGGUCUUGCGUCUUCCUCUGUCUAUCGCCCCUAGCUCCCCAACCCGCAUCACCGGCGACAUGAUCUCGCCGCCGCUGUCCCCCGACUUCAACUUCGACUCGGACGCCCUGACGCCGUCCGUCCUCCCGGCCCUCGAGUACAUCUCCUCCAAGCUCCAGCAGAAGUCCAUGCACGUCACCCUGCUGGUCGGUCGAGGAAAACCCUUCCCGACCGGCGACGGCGCCGAUCUGAUCGUCCUGCCCAUCACGGAGCUGGACCCGUCCUCGUGGAAGAUGCUCUACCGCAUCGUCGAAAAGGCCGUCCGCAAGUUCGCGCUGGGCCAGAGCUGGACCGAUGCGCUGGGCCAGAGCCAGAGCCAGAGCCAGCGCAACCGUCGCGCCAACGAGUACCUGGUGCAGCAGUCCAUCAUGCAGAACGAGAUCCUCUUCAGCCAGGAAGGCCUGACGCUGCUGAACGUCGACCGCAUCUACACCUUCAAGCGCCGCCUGUGCGUGCUCUCCGCCGCCGCCCGGGGCCAGCAGCAUCCCUCUGAGGAGAGGUACAUCAACUCGUGCGUGCACCUGCUCCACCAGACCAUCCGCGACUGCCAGGGCCGGCCGUUCAGCCAGGCCUUCUUCCACCGCGUCUACGAGCACCUGGGUGUGAGCGAUGAGCUGCUCGUCAAGGUGGCUGCCGCAUACAAGGCCAAGUAUGGCCAGGAUGGCAUCGUCUUGCCUCGUCCGGAGCCGAAACAGCAUGCGCGACGAUCCCCGGGUCCGCGCGUGCGCCGACGGGCUGCAUCGCCACGACAACAGGGCCCGCCGCCAUCUCGAGCAGCGACACCGCCCAAACGAGGACCAAAGACGCCGCUGUCAGCGUCCGACGUUACCCCAAUCACCCGGAACGAAUGGAACAUCCUCAUCGGGCAGGAUUUCUGGCAGAACAAGCCGACGGUGACGAUGUGGGUUCCGUCGCCGGCUGUGCAGGUGGCGGGCUGA